CGCGGCAGAGGCCCCGCACGUGGCGCAGGCGCAGUGUCCGCGAUUCGCCAUGCCGACUGUCAGCGUGAAGCGAGACCUGCUCUUCCAAGCUUUGGGCCGGACCUACACUGAUGAAGAAUUUGACGAGUUGUGUUUUGAAUUUGGUUUAGAACUUGAUGAAAUUACUUCUGAGAAGCAAAUUAUAAGUAAGGAACAAGGCAAUCAAAAGGCACGGGGAGCCUCAGAUGUUGUGCUUUACAAGGUUGACGUCCCUGCCAACAGAUAUGAUCUCCUGUGUCUGGAGGGAUUGGCUCGGGGACUUCAAGUCUUCAAAGAAAGGAUAAAAGCUCCAGUAUAUAAACGAGUAAUGCCUACGGGAGAAAUCCAGAAAUUGAUUAUCACAGAAGAGACAGCUAAAGUGCGCCCCUUUGCUGUAGCCGCAGUUCUCCGGAACAUCACCUUCACUAAAGAGCGAUAUGACAGCUUCAUAGAACUGCAAGAGAAACUACACCAGAAUAUUUGCAGAAAAAGAACAUUGGUUGCUAUUGGCACUCAUGACUUGGACACUUUGUCAGGCCCAUUCACUUUCACUGCGAAACGUCCUUCAGAUAUCAAAUUCAAGCCUCUGAAUAUGACCAAGGAGCAUACAGCUUGUGAACUAAUGAAUAUAUACAAGACUGACAACCACCUAAAGCAAUAUUUACAUAUCAUUGAAAAUAAGCCCCUGUAUCCAGUUAUCUAUGACAGCAACGGUGUGGUCCUCUCCAUGCCUCCGAUUAUAAAUGGGAAUCAUUCAAAAAUAACACUGAAUACUAGGAAUGUAUUUAUUGAAUGCACAGGAACUGACUUCACUAAGGCAAAAAUCGUGCUUGACAUUAUUGUCACCAUGUUCAGUGAAUACUGUGAAAAUCAGUUUACUGUUGAAGCAGCUGAAGUAGUUUCUCCUAAUGGAAAAUCAAACACCUUUCCAGAGCUGCCUUACAGAAAGGAGAUGGUGAGAGCUGAUUUAAUUAACAAGAAAGUUGGAAUCAGGGAAUCUCCUGCAAACCUUGCCAAGCUCCUGACCAGGAUGUGUCUGAAGUCAGAAGUCAUAGGCGAUGGCAAUCAGAUUGAGGUUGAAAUUCCUCCCACCAGAUCUGACGUUAUCCAUGCAUGUGAUAUUGUGGAGGACGCGGCUAUUGCUUAUGGAUAUAACAACAUUCAGAUGACUCUGCCGAAAACGUACACCAUAGCUAAUCAAUUUCCUCUCAACAAGCUCACGGAGCUUCUCAGAUUGGACAUGGCUGCUGCUGGCUUCACUGAAGCUCUUACUUUUGCUCUGUGCUCCCAAGAAGAUAUUGCUGAUAAACUUGGCUUGGAUAUCUCUGAGACGAAGGCAGUUCACAUUAGUAAUCCCAAAACUGCGGAGUUCCAGGUGGCACGCACUACCCUUCUUCCUGGCCUUCUAAAGACGAUUGCAGCAAACCGGAAGAUGCCACUUCCUCUCAAACUGUUUGAAAUCUCUGACAUUGUAGUGAAAGAUCCUAGCAAAGGUGGGCCUGGAUCUUAUUUCUGACGCCGUGUUGUAAAUGCGUACAUGUGGAUCCCCUCCUGGUCAUCUGGCCUACAGGGAAGGGGCUACAGCAUCUGGAGCGGAGGCAGCAGUGAGCCUGGGUUCUGCAGACGGCUGCCACAGGCGUGGGUUUUAGUCAUGCUUUCUGUGGUGUAGUUUAUUUGAACUAUCUGGCUGUUUUCUCAUCUGUACAAUGGGGUAAUGACAGCAUUUACUUUAUUAGCUGCUGUAAGGCUUCAGUGAAACUGCAUUUGGAAAGUUUCAGCCAAAUGGUAAGUGGUGGCUGCUGUUCUUGUUAGGCCAGUGCUAGUUUCAGGGCCACUGCUGCUGGCCUGGGCCGUGCCUAUAUUUCCACUAUAGUGUGUGAAAGUCCAGGAGACCAGCAGUGUAUGGGGUUUGAUUUUUAUUCCAUCCCUUAAGG